CUUUUCCACUUCAACUCAUAUCAUCUUUCCUUCUCUUUUUUCCUUCCAUCCUCAUCUCCUCAUCCAUCCACUCUCACUCCCCAUUUCUCCCACGCAACUACACAAAACUCAAAUACAUUCCUCCACGUGUCACUUCUCACAGCUUCCAAAAUAACAACACCACUAACAACAAACUCACCGCGGAAACAACCACAAUCAUCUCCAUGGGCACCGAAACAGAAAACCAAACCGGGUUCAAACUAGUUGGCUACAAAAACUUCGUCCGAACCAACCCGAAAUCAGACCGGUUCAAAGUGAAACGCUUCCACCACGUCGAGUUCUGGUGCGCCGACGCAACCAACACCGCGCGGCGGUUCUCAUGGGGACUAGGAAUGCCAAUCGUCGCUAAAUCAGACCUUUCCACCGGAAACUCAACUCACGCUUCAUACCUCCUCCGCUCCGGCAACCUCAAUUUCCUUUUCUCCGCCGCUUACUCCCCUUCCAUUUCACUCUCUUCCUCUUCCUCAACAGCUUCCAUUCCCACCUUCGACGCCGCCACCAGUUUCGCCUUCUCCGCCUCCCACGGCCUCGGUGUACGCGCUGUUGCUAUCGAAGUCGAAGACGCUGAAGUCGCCUUCACCACAAGCGUCGCACACGGUGCUAUCCCGUCGUCUCCUCCCGUCGUCCUCGACAACCGCGUCAAGCUCGCUGAAGUCCGUCUCUACGGAGACGUCGUUUUACGCUACGUCAGUUACAACAACCCGAACCAAACCUCCGAACCUAACCCAGACCAGUGGUUCCUCCCUGGUUUCGAACAAGUAUCAGAUGAAUCCUCUCACUCGUCGCUAGACUUCGGAAUACGACAACUAGAUCACGCCGUCGGUAAUGUACCGGAGCUUUCAUCUGCUAUAAAAUACCUAAAAGAAUUCACAGGUUUUCACGAAUUCGCUGAGUUUACAGCUGAAGACGUCGGAACAGCUGACAGCGGGUUGAACUCGGCUGUGCUAGCAAACAACGAGGAAACAGUUUUGCUUCCGAUCAAUGAACCGGUAUAUGGAACCAAGAGGAAGAGUCAGAUAGAAACUUAUCUGGAGCACAAUGAAGGUGCUGGUUUACAGCAUUUGGCUUUGAAAUCUGAAGAUAUAUUCAAGACUUUGAGAGAAAUGAGGAAGAGAAGCGGUGUUGGUGGGUUUGAGUUUAUGCCUUCUCCUCCACCUACUUAUUAUCGGAAUCUGAAGAACCGUGUUGGAGAUGUUUUGAAUGAUGAACAGAUUAAGGAGUGUGAAAAGCUUGGGAUUUUGGUUGAUAAAGAUGAUCAGGGUACUCUGCUUCAGAUUUUCACUAAGCCUGUUGGAGAUAGGCCAACUAUAUUCAUAGAGAUAAUUCAGAGAGUUGGAUGCAUGUUGAAGGAUGAGGAAGGAAAAGAGUACCAAAAGGGAGGAUGUGGUGGCUUUGGCAAAGGUAACUUCUCAGAGCUUUUCAAAUCCAUUGAAGAAUAUGAGAAGACUUUGGAAACUAGAAGAACUGCAUAAUUCAUGUUGUGAUCUUGGAUGGUGGGAGUUUGAAGCUUUUGUUGGAACAAGACUGUUCUUUUAUAGUGAGACAAAUAAAUGUCAAUCAAUACAUAUAAACAAUACAUAAUAAAUGUUUUAUAUGUUAGUAUAUUUUGUUAGAAUACAUACUUCAACAUAAUAAAUAUGAUGUCUCUUUAAUAA